AUGGCUUCUUCUCUGCGUUCCCCGACCCACCCUCGCGCGCCUCUCUCCUAUUUUCAGCACCAGCAGCAGCAGCAGCCGCUGCAGCAGCAGCAGCAGCAGCAGCAGCAGCAGCACUUGUCUCUAUCAUCUUUCAAGCUCCAAACAGGGGCCCCGGGGGCCCCCAGUACCCUGGGGGCCCCCAGUACCCUGGGGCUCCCCAGUACCCUGGGGGCCCCCAGUACCUUGGGGGCCCCCAGUACCCUGGGGGCCCCCAGUACCCUAGGGGCCCCCAGUACCCUGGGGGCCCCCAGUACCCUGGGGGCCCCCGGGGCCCUGGGGGCCCCCAGUACCCUUGGGGGCCCCUCGAAAGUGGGUACACUGGGGGAGAAGCUGCAGAUGUCUGUCUUGGGGGCCCCCAGGGGCCCCCGCGAGGCUUCCCACAGUACCCUAUAUGGGGCCCUUGAGGGUGGUGCAGCAGCAGCAGCAGCAGCAGCAGCAGCAGCAGUGCCUGCAGCAGCUUCUGCGCUCAACAACUGCAGCAGCAGCAGCAGCAGCAACAGCAACUACCGGUUCGCCUCGCACCCCAGCUCGUUUGCGUCCCCCCUGAUUGGAACUGCAGCAGCAACUGCUGCAGCAGCAACAGCAGCAGCAGCAGCAGCAGAAGCAGCAAAUGCUGCUUCCAGGACCCCAUGGUCUCACACGGGCGCGCUGCUGAGCAGCACUCAGCAGCAACUGCAGCAGCUGCAGCAGCAGCAGCAGCAGCUUGAGCAGCAGCAGCAGCAGCUCCUCGCGGACUUCGACGACUCCUUCUCCAACCACUCGCAGCAGCAGCAGCAGCAGCUAGGAGCAGCAGCAGCAGCAGCAGCAGCAGCAGACUUGGGGGACCUGCAGAGCCACAGCGGGCGGCGCCGCCGCCACCGCCGCAGCAGCAGAGCUUCGCCCGCCACGGCCUUUGAGCAGGAGCAGCAGCAGCUGCACGAGCAGCAGCAGCAGCAGCAGCAGCAGCAGCAGCAGCAGCAGCAGCAGUAUCUGCAUGCGCUGGGGGCUUCGGGGGGCCCCACAGGGCUGCGCCGCAUGCAGGGGGAGCUGCCGCUGCAGCUGAGGGGCCCCCUGGGCUCGGGGGGCCCCCCGGGGGCCCCCAGCCAGGCUGAGGGCCCCGAGGGUUUGCUGCUGCAGCUCAGCAGCAAACAGGGUACUGCAGCAGAAAGGGGCUGGUCGCUGCAGCGCUCGAGGGGCCCCCGGGGGCCCCCCGGGGCUGAGCGGCUGCGCAGCAGCAGCGCCAUUGGCAUUCGAGAACCUGCUGCUGCUGCUGCUGCUGCAGCAGGACUUGGGGCCCCGCUGCUGCAGCAGCGGCUGCAGCUGAGGGGCGCAGGGACCGCUGCUGCUGCUGCAGCAGACGACUACGCCCCGGCGCUGCAGCAGCAAACCACCAGCAGCAGCAGCAGCAGCAGCAGCAGCAGCGCGCUCCGGCAAGCUUCAGCAGGCCCGAGGGAAAACAGCGUUUGUGUCUGCAGUGCUGCGCCGUUUAUGGCCCGGCAGCGGGCGCAGUACGAGCAGCUGCUGAAGCGGCUGGAAGCAGAGCGGCAGCAGCAGCAGCAGCAGCGGCAGAAGCAGCACGCGCGGGAGCUGCAGCAGCACCAGGAGAAGCUGCAGCUGCAGCAGCAGCAGCACGAGCUGCAGCAGCAGCAGCAGGAGCUGCAGCAGAAGCAGCAGGAGCUGCUGCUGGUGGAGCGGAAGUUCAGCGAGCAGCGGGAGAGCAUCGAGCGGCGGCUGGCGGCGGAGCAGCAGGAACUGCAGCAGCAGCAGCUGCUGCUGCAGCAGCAGCAGCAAGACUUCGCCCACAAAAAAGAAAACUGGUGCGCAGCAGCAGAACUCAACCGCAAAGAAGCUCAUAAAGCCCAGGAGGUUCUUCGAAAAGAACAAAAAGAAAAUGAACAAAAAAGAAGACAACUGGAUGAGAAGCAGCUGCAGCUCAUCCAGAAGCAGGAGGCCCUGGACGCUGACCGCUACCAGCUAAAUGAAGAAAAGCUGCAGCUGCAGGAGCAGCAGUUUUCUUUGGACGCAACAAUGCAGCAGCUGCGCACAGAGACGCAGGAGCUGGAGCAGCAGCAGCAGCAGCUGCAGCAGCAGCAGCAGCUGCUGCAGCAGCGGGAGCAGCAGCUGAUGCAGCGAGAGCUCGAACUGCAGCAGCAAGAAGCAGAGACAAACAACCUCCGGGCGCAGCUGCAGCAGCAAGAGGCGAGGCUCCAGGCGAGGGAAGACAGCCUACGGCGGCAGCAGCAGCAGCAGCAGCAGCAAGAAGCAGAGCUGCAGCAGCAGCAGCAGCAGCUUCAGCAGCGAGAGGCCGAGCUGCAGCAGCAGCAAGAUCAGUUCCAAAGGCAACAGGAAAUACAACAGCAAGAACUGCAGCAGCAGUAUGCGAAUCUGGAGCACGAGCAGCAGAUGCUACAGCAGGAGCAGCAGCUCCUGCAGCAGCAACAGCAGCAGCUGCAGCAUGAACAGCAGCAGCUGCAGCAGCAGCAGCAGCAGCUGCAGCAGCAGCAGGAAAGUGUCAAGACGAAACAGCAGGAGCUGACGAGGGCUUUGGAGGAGGCUGCAGCAAGACAGAGAGAGGCGGAAGCAGCGAAGAGAGAGUGCAGCGCUGAGCAGCAGCAGCUGCAGCAGCAGCGGGAGGAGCUGCAGCAGCGCGAACGUGAGGUGGAGGCGAAGGAGCAGCAGCUGCAGCAGCAGCAGGAGGAGGUGGAGCGGCAGCAGCAGCAGCUGGUGCUGCAGCAGCAGCAGGCGCAGCAGCAGCUGGAGGAGGAGCUGGGGGAGCGGCGGGAAGCGCUGGAGAAGGCGUUUGCAGAGCGGCAGCAGCAGCUGGAGGAGGAGCAGCAGCAGCAGCUGCUGCAGCAGCAGCAGCAGCUGUUCGCGGAGCUGCAGGAGGAGCGGCAGGCGCUGCAGCAGCAGCUGGACAGCCAGCUGCAGCGGCUGCAGGAGCAGCAGGAGGCUGCAGGGCGGGAGCGGCAGGAGCUGCAGCAGCAGCGGGUGCAGCAGGCGCUGAAGCAGCAGGAGCUGCAGCAGCAGCAGCAGCAGCUGCAGCAGGCGGCGGAGCGGCUGCAGCAAGAGGAGCGGGAGCUGGCAGCAGCGCAGCAGCAGCUGGCGGCGCAGCGGGAGGAGCUGGAGCAGCUGGAGCAGCAGGCGCAGCAGGAACUGCAGCAGGGGCAGCAGCAGCAGCAAGAAGCCCUGGAGGCGCUGCAGCAGCUGCAGCAAACCCAAGAAGACAUCAGCAGCCAGCAGCUGCAGCUGCAGAUGGCGCAGCAAUCUCUUCUUGCAGACAGAGAAGCUUUUACCCACGAAGCACUUCGUGCUGCUGCUGGCCGCAGGGCCCGCGAGCAGCAGCUGCAGCAGCGGGAAGAGCUGCUGCAGCGGCAGCAGCAGCAGCUGCGCGCGGAGAAAGCUGCUGUUGAGACGCUGCAGCGCAUCACGCAGCUCAGGGCCGGAGAAGCAGCAGCAAAAAUGAAGCGUUUGCCGCUUUCCGCCGACAUUGCUGCUGCUGCUGCUGCUCCCGCUGCUGCUGCUGCUGCUGCUGCUGCUGCUGCUGCCCCGCCGCUGCAGCAAGGCGCAGCAGCAGCGGCGGACACCAGCAGCAAGGCCGCCAAGGGCCCGCACGGCAACCCGCCGAGAGGCAGCAGCAGCAGCAGCAGCGGCAGCAGCAGCACCCGCAGCGGAUCCGUCGGCGGCAGCAGCAGCAGACGCGGCAGCAGCGCCGAGGCCCGCGCACGACGAAUUGCUGCUGCUGCUGCUGCUGCUGCUGCUGGCACCGCAGCAAACCCCGCAGCAGGAACUGCCCCCGUCUCCGCUUCUUCUGCUGCGCAGCAACGAAGGGCAGCAGCAGCAGCAGCAGCAGCAGCAGCAGGAGAUGCAGCAGGAGCAGCAGGAGAUCAUGCUUCGCUUCCUGCAAAUGACAGCAGCAGCUCAGGGGCGAGAGGCCGUGGGCUGCGUUCUGCUGCAGGAGUUGUAGCAGCCCGGCCAGCCCCGAAUAGCAGCAGCAGCAGCAGCAGCAGCAGCAGCAGCAGCAGCAGCAGCAGCAGCAGCAAAGCGCCCUUCGUGCACCACUCGCCCUUCCUAGACGAAUGGCCUUUGCAAGACCUCGACGCAGCAACAGGCGCUUUGCGCGAGGCGGCUUCCGGAGCAGCAGCAACAGCAGCAGCAGCAGCAGCAGCAACAACAGCAGCAACAACAGCAGCAGCAACAGCAGCUGGGUCCCCCAUAUCCGGCGGCCUCAGCCCGGCAGACACUUCACCCCCUUCGAGUGCAGCAGCAGCAAACGGCGGGCCUGUACGGAAUGCUGCUGCAGUUGGAGCCACAGGGAGAACCCUAGGGGCCCCUCAAAGCGCCCUCAGCCUGCCGCGGCCGUCAGCGUCUUUGCUGCAGCAGCAGCAGCAGCAGCAGCAGCAGCAGCUGUACAGGCCGCACUCGAGCUCCCUGUCCCUUGCAGAACGCCAAAGGCAGCAGCAGCAGCAGCAGCAGCAGCAGCAAGGCCUCAGCGGGGGGCUCCUAGGGGAUCGGCUGUCGGCUGCUGCUGGAAGCAGCAGAAAUCAAAAUCGGCUGACUACAGGCGAGAGCUUGCUGCUGCGGCAGCAGCAGCAGCAGCAGCAGCAGCCCGAAUCAGCUGGCAGCAGCAGGAGCAUCUCAAGUGUGUCUUCUAAUCUUCGGGGCCUCGUGCUGCAGCAGGAAGCCAGCAGCAGGUUGCAGCCGUCAGCAGCAGCAGCAGCAGCAGCAGCAGCAAACGCUCCAGCAGCGUCUCCCGCGCCUUCUACCCAGCAGCGCUUCAGCAGCGGCACUUCGCUGCUGCCAGGAGGGGACUGCCGCAGCAGCAGCAGCAGCAGCAGCAGCAGCAGCAGCAGCAGCAACGGAGCAGCUGGCAGCCUCGCGGCUCUCACGGAGAAGCGCAGGCAGCAGCAGCAGCUGCUGCACCACUCCAUCUGCCGCGAGCCACCGCAGCUAAGCAGCGGCACUUCAUCUUCGCAGCAGCAGCAGCAGCAGCAGCAGCAGCGGCAGCAGCCGCUGGGUUCCCUUCGUGCUGCAGCUGCUGCUGCUGCAGGCGUAGGCAGCAGCAGCAGCAGCAGCAGCAGCAGCAGCAGCACCGCAGACGCCGCCCACGGGCGGGCCUCUGGCCUUUCUGUCAUAUCGCAUUUAUCUGCAUUUGAGUUUUCAGACUACAGGGGCCCCCUGGGGGCCCCCCUGGGGGGCCCCCAGGGGGGCCCCCUGGGGGGCCCCCCUGGGGGGCCCCUGGGGGGCCCCCCGGGGGGCCCCCUGGGCCUCGAGGGGGCAGCUGAAGAAUUUGCUGCUGCUGACUUUGAGGGUUUAGGGACUUCAGGGAGGCCCUCGUGA